UGCAUUAUUCAUUAUAUAUCUACCGCUUUGCAAACCACUCUCCCCUGGUUUUCGACCUAAAUUGCAAUCACUUCCCUUUGCCUUUUUUAUUUCCUUCUUCUAGCAACAAGAGACCAUGGCUGUCUUCCUGGGACAAGCACUUGCCACUUCAAUUAUUCAGGUGGCACUUGAUAGGCUGGCUUCUCGUGAGGUCAUAGACUACUUCAAGGGAAGGAAACUCAAUCAGAAAAUGCUACAAAAAUUAGAGUUUGUGCUGUUAUCUGCUAACUCAGUGCUCAUUGAUGCAGAGGAGAAGCAAUUUACAAACUCAGCUGUGAAAAAAUGGCUGGACGAGCUUAAAGAUGCUGUUUAUGUUGCAGAUGACCUUCUGGAUGAGAUUGCCACGGAAGCUAAAUUUCAAACUCGCACUAAAAAGGUAUGGCACUCCAUUUCUACUUUAUUUGACAAAACGAUACAGUCAAAGCUAGAAAACGUUCUAGGUAUAUUACAAAUACUCAUAGAACAAACGAAGGUCCAUAAUCUGAAAGAGGUUGCCGAUCGAGUACCACUACCACCACGACAAUUAACAACUUCUUGUCCUGAAGAAUAUGGUGUGUAUGGUAGAGAUAUUGAUAAGGAGGAGAUAUUUAAGAAGUUGCAAUUAGAUAAUGCAAGUGGUGAUGAGAUAUGUGUUGUUCCUAUAGUGGGCAUGGGUGGGGUUGGUAAAACAACCCUUGCUCGGCUUGUAUAUAAUGACAACCGAGUAAAGGAGAAUUUUGAUCUCAAAGCAUGGGUUUGUGUUUCAGACUCAUUUGAUGGUUUUAGAAUAGCAAAAACUAUUCUUGAAGAGAUCACUUUGUCUAAAUGUGACAUUAGCUUGAAUUUGUUACAAAUUAGAAUAAGAGAGAGCUUAAAGGGAAAGAAGUUUCUCCUUGUUUUAGAUGAUGUUUGGAAUGAGAGUUAUAUUGCUUGGGAUGAGUUCCUUACGAUGUUUAGAUGUGAGGCAAAAGAGAUCAAAAUCAUUAUUACAACACGUAGUGAAAUUGUGGCGUCAAUUGUGCACCCAAUUUCAGUUCAUCAUCUAAUGCAAUUGUCUGAAGAAGAAUGUUGGUUGCUAUUUGCAAAGCAUGCAUUUAAAAAUGGAAAAUCGAGUGAAAAUUUAGAUAUAGAACUAAUUGGUAGAGAAAUUGUUCGUAAGUGUAAAGGCUUGCCUUUAGCUGCAAAAGCACUUGGGGGUAUGUUGCAGUCUACACAAGACCAAAGAGAGUGGAAUCAUAUUUUGGAGAGUGAUAUAUGGGAUCUACCAGGAGGUGAAAGUUCUAUCCUUCCAGCUCUAAGAUUGAGCUACAACUACCUCCCAUCACAUUUGAAACGAUGCUUUACUUAUUGCUCAAUCUUUCCAAAGGAUUAUGAAUUUUCAAAGGAGGAGUUAGUCUUGUUGUGGAUGGCAGAAGAUUUAUUGUUGAAACCCAAGGGAAAUGAAAGUAUGGAAGAAAUAGGUGAGCAAUACUUUAAUGAGCUAAUAUCAAGGUCGUUUUUUCAACAAUCAAAUAAUGAUGAACCAUGUUUCAUAAUGCAUGACCUUUUUAAUGACUUAGCAAAAUUUAUAUCUGGAGAAUUUUGUUUUAGGCAGGAGAUUGAUAAUUCACGUGAAAUUACAAAAAAAAUGCGUCAUUUGUCAUAUUUUCGAACUGAAUUUGAUGUCCCUAAGAAAUUUGAGGUGUCUUAUGAAGCCAAGAAUUUGCGAACCUUCUUGGGACUAGAAUUGCCAUCUAUGUCAUUUAUUCGAUAUAAUAAUAUAUCAACAGUGGAGGUAAACAAAUUGUUGUGCACAUUUAAGUGUUUACGAGCAUUAUCAUUGUCUCUCUAUGGAUUAUUAGCUGUGUUACCUGAUUCUGUUGGAAAUUUGAAACAUCUUCGCUAUUUGGAUCUUAAUGGCACCUGGAUCAAAGGCUUGCCUGAUUCUGUGUGUGGUUUGUAUAAUUUGCAAACCUUGUUAUUGAGGAAUUGUUGUUCUCUUAUAGAGUUGCCAAACAACUUGGGAAGACUUGUGAACUUACGUCACCUAGAUAUAAGAGGGACCCAUUUGAAAGGGAUGCCAAUGCACAUGGGUAAAUUGAGAAGUCUCCAAAAUUUAAGUGAUUUUUAUGUGGGAAAAGGAGAACAUAGUGGGAGUAACAUUAAAGAGUUGGGAGAGCUUCCACAUCUUUCUGGAUCAUUGUGUAUAUCAAACUUGGAAAACGUUUGUCAAACAAGAGAUGCAAAGGAGGUUAAUUUGAAGGAUAAGAAGGGCUUGUCAGAGUUGAAGUUGAAAUGGGAAAGAGAUCAUGAGAACUAUGAUUCAGAACAUGAAAGAGAUGUGCUUGAGCAGUUGUGUCCUCAUACGAACUUGAAAUCUCUCUCUAUCAUAUCUUAUUAUGGUGCAGAAUAUCCAAGUUGGUUAGGAGCAUGUUCAUUCUCUAAUAUGGUGUCCCUAAAGCUUGACGAUUGUAGAUACUGUUCCUCCUUGCCUCCACUUGGGCCGCUACCUACCCUUGAAAAAUUAUCAUUUGAAAGGAUGCUAGAGUGGAAGGAAUGGUUUACAAAUGAAGGCGGAGUUUUCCCAACCCUCCGAGAGCUUCGCAUUAUCGAAUGUCCCAAGCUUACGGGAAAUCUGCCCAGUUUACUUCCUUCUUUAAGUGUAAUUGAAAUUAGAGAUUGUCCCCAGCUUGUUGCUUCACUUCCUAGUCCUUCGGCUCUCCAUGAAUUGGCCUUGACAAAUUGUGAUAUGGUGGUGUUGAAGGAAUUAUCUCCUAAGCUGCAAAGUCUUGGAAUUGGAGGAUGCCACGUGACUCUCCUUGAGGGUGGUCUACCCACUACUUUAAAAACACUUCAAAUCAAUGGAGUACUUCAGUUGCCUGGGAGCCAUUACUAUCCAUCAAUUGAGAGCUUGAAGGUAAAUAAAGGUCCUGGUUCACUUUGGUCUUUACCAUUAGAGUUUUUCCCAAAACUCAAAUCUAUCGAAAUUUCGCAUUCUGAUAAUCUUGAAUCUCUUUCGGCAUCAGAUAAAUCUGUCUUGGAUCUAACUUCUCUCACUAAAUUGACCAUCCGGUUCUGCCCUAAUUUUGUAUCCUUUCCCAGCGGGGGAUUGUGCGCCCCAAAUUUGACACAGAUUACUAUUUCUUUCUGUGAAAAGUUAAAGUCACUUGCUGAAGGUAUGCACACCCUCCUCCCAUCUCUUCUAUAUUUGGAGUUGAGGGACUGUCCAGAACUGGAAUCAUUUCCUGAAGGGGGUUUGCCCUCCAAUUUACAAAUACUUGAAAUCAAUUGGUGCGACAAACUCUUUCUCAGACGCAUGGAGUGGGGUUUACAGAGUCUUCACUCUCUCAGAGAAAUUGAAAUUUCGUAUCACGGCAGAGAAGUGGGUUCCUUUCCGGAGGAGGCGUGGUUGCCCCCUUCUCUUAUCCGCCUCAACAUUGUAUUUCCACAGCUAACAUCACUCAAUGGUAGGGGGUUUCAACACCUUACCUUGCUUAAACAGUUGGAGAUUUGGGUCUGCCAUAAACUCCAGUGCUUACCAGAAGAGGGCUUUCCCGCCUCCCUUUCAUUUCUAGAUAUUUAUGAGUGUCCUUUGCUAGAAAAACGGUAUCGGAGAAAGAAUGGAAAAGAAUGGCGCAAAAUUUCUCAUAUCCCCAUCAUAAGGAUUGACAAUGUAGUCAUCACAUAAGCUAUGAGUCCAGAAGAACUACUGCCCAGUGUCAUUUUCAGUUGUUUCGGCUUUUUUGAGAGAUGAUGAGAACAAAUUAAUGAGAAAUGGGGGUAAUGGGAGCUCAAUUGGGAAUGGGAAUGGAAAUGGUGGUGUGAUGGGGAGAGGGAAAGUGAGGGCUGAAUCGGUUAUUGAAGCAGCAACACUUGCUGCUAAUGGACAGCCAUUUGAGGUUGUUUACUAUCCUCGUGCCAGCACACUGGAGUUUUGUGUGAAGGCUGCGAUGGUUAAAGGAGCAUUUCAGAUCCGGUGGUGUUCGGGAAUGAGGUUCAAGAUGGCUUUUGAAACCAAGGAUUCAUCACGGAUAAGUUGGUUCAUGGGAACCAUUUCUUCUGUUCAGGUUGCUGAUCCCAUUCGCUGGCCUGAUUCACCUUGGAGGCUUCUACAGGUAAGACACUGGGGCAGUUCAAAGCUAGUGCUGCUUCAAUACCUGCUAAUAGCAGUUGAAACUCACUGCUCAUGUCUGGACAGGGACUUGCUUAGACUCUCUCUUUUUGAGUUUUGGGAAGUUUUGGUGAACGGGAAGAUGUUAAGUCCUCUCCAAAGGACAGGUUGCUGCUUUUGGUUCUUUGUUCUCUUUCAAACUUAAGACAGCUCAAAAGGCUCAGCACAUGACCACUCUUGUAGAGACAAUGGUGUCAGAGGCAGAGGGAGAGAACUGAUCUAAGUCUGGGAAGCUGCUUUUACAUGACAAAUCAAGUCCGAUCAGCACACUCAUGUCAUUACCAGCAAUUAUUAAUAUGCUUUUUAAAGAUAGAGAUGCUCUGUGGUUCUUAGGUUUUCAGACACAAAAUGUGCGAAUGUUGAGGCCUCAGACAAUAGUAUACAAAACCAAGAACCUUCUGCAAUCCAAAACUUCCAGAUAGCGAAAUUACAUCCAAUGAGCUGCAAUGAUAUGUCCUGCUAGCAGGUUCUGUUUACUUAAUGUUUUGACUGUAUAUACAGGGGUGUAAUGUAGUGAAAUGAAGAAUGAUGCCUCAUAGCUCCAAUUUCAGCUCCUCGAUUUGACUGAAAACAAAUCUUUUAUGAAUUUAUAGAUAUCAAUUGUGACCACAAUUUCAUGAUGCCUUUAGAACUUCCUCAUUUUUCAUAUCAUUUGGACCUGAAAUCCUUCAUGGUUUCACUGAACUCUCUCUUUUUCUAUCUUCUAUGAACUCUCUGAGAAUGUAGCUGGAAUCUGCUGAGAAGACACGGAAGAGUUAUCGAAGUAAAAAGAUUGGUGCAAGAUUGCUCACAUCCUUGCAUACAUAUGGUAUGGAUGAUGAAGUAAUUACAUGAGCUAAAAUCACAAUGUGAUCCACGCCCCUGUUUUAUAGUCAGGAUUGGCUGAGGAAUGGUGCAACAAUCACUUUCUGCCUUGAGCUCAAGUACAUGUUAACCGAAGAGAUGGGCUGCCUCACUGAGGAUUGAUGAGUAGUCUCCUUUGUUGAAGGAACAGUGUUGUGACGAGAAGAGGGGAAAAGAAUGCCUAAGAAUGUUCACUCCCCCAUCAUAUUAAUCAAUGGUGAUCAUAUGAAACCGAAACUAUAGACAAAGUCCUCAUCACUUGUUUUCUUCAUUCACAUGCAGCAACAUAAUAUUACAGUUUGAUAAAUCUCUCUUGGAUCUAACUUCUCUCACUCUCCAUGAGUGCCCUAAUUUUGUAUCCUUUCCCAGCGGGGGAUUGUGCGCCUCAAAUUUGACACAGAUUUUUAUUUGGCGCUGUUAUAAGUUAAAGUCACUUGCUGAAGGUAUGCACACCCUCCUCCCAUCUCUUCUAUAUUUGCAGUUGGAAGAAUGUUCAGAAUUGGAAUCAUUUUCUGAAGGGGGUUUGCCCUCCAAUUUACAAAUACUUCAAAUCGCAUUGUGCGACAAACUCUUUCUCAGACGCAUGGAGUGGGGUUUACAGAGUCUUCACUCUCUCAGAGAAAUUAGAAUUUGGUAUGACGGCAGAGAAGUGGGUUCCUUUCCGGAGGAGGCGUUGUUGCCCCCUUCUCUUAUCCGCCUCAACAUUUUAUUCAAACAUCUGACAUCACUCAAUGGUAGGGGGUUUCAACACCUUACCUUGCUUAAACAGUUGAUUUGCGACUGCGAAAACCUCCAGCGCUUACCAGAAGAGGGCUUUCCCGCCUCCCUUUCUAUUCUAGAUAUUCAGGACUGCCCUUUGCUAAAAAAGCGGUAUCGGAGAAAGAAUGGAAAAGAAUGGCGCAAAAUUUCUCAUAUCCCCAUCGUAAGGAUUGAGUCAUCAUAUAAGCUAUGAGUCCAGAAGAACUACUGGCCAGUGUCAUUUUCAGUUGUUUCGGCUUUUUUGAGAGAUGAUGAGAACAAAUUAAUGAGAAAUGGGGGUAAUGGGAGCUCAAUUGGGAAUGGGAAUGGAAAUGGUGGUGUGAUGGGGAGAGGGAAAGUGAGGGCUGAAUCGGUUAUUGAAGCAGCAACACUUGCUGCUAAUGGACAGCCAUUUGAGGUUGUUUACUAUCCUCGUGCCAGCACGCCGGAGUUUUGUGUGAAGGCUGCGAUGGUUAAAGCAGCAUUUCAGAUCCGGUGGUGUUGGGGAAUGAGGUUCAAGAUGGCUUUUGAAACCGAGGAUUCAUCACGGAUAAGUUGGUUCAUGGGAAUUAUUUCUUCUGUUCAGGUUGCUGAUCCCAUUCGCUGGCCUGAUUCACCUUGGAGGCUUCUACAGAUGGUUUGCUGAUAUGCUCUGGACCAUUGGUUACCCAAGAACAAUCAAUUUGCCUAUUUUCUCAUUCAGUUUGCUGAUAGGCAAUAUGGCAUGCUAUUUAAUCUCAGGUAAGACACUGGGGCAGUUCAAAGCUAGUGCUGCUUCAAUACCUGCUAAUAGCAGUUGAAACUCACUGCUCAUGUCUGGACAGGGACUUGCUUAGACUCUCUCUUUUUGAGUUUUGGGAAGUUUUGGUGAACGGGAAGAUGUGAAGUCCUCUCCAAAGGACAGGUUGCUGCUUUGGGUUCUUUGUUUUCUUUCAAACUUAAGACAGCUCAAAAGGCUCAGCACAUGACCACUCUUGUAGAGACAAUGGUGGCAGAGGCAGAGGGAGAGAACUGAUCUAAGUCUGGGAAGGUGCUUUUACAUGACAAAUCAAGUCCGAUCAGCACACUCAUGUCAUUACCAGCAAUUAUUAAUAUGCUUUUUAAAGAUAGAGAUGCUCUGUGGUUCUUAGGUUUUCAGACACAAAAUGUGCAAAUGUUGAGGCCUCAGACAAUAGUAUACAAAACCAAGUAAACCUCCUGCAAUCCAAAACUUCCAGAUAGCGAAAUUACAUCCAAUGAGCUGCAAUGAUAUGUCCUGCUAGCAUGUUCUGUUUACUUCAUGUUUGGACUGUAUAUACAGAGGUGUAAUGUUGUCAAAUGAAGAAUGAUGCCUCAUAGCUCCAAUUUCAGCUCCUCGAUUUGACUGAAAACAAAUCUUUUAUGAAUUUAUAGAUAUCAAUUGUGACCACAAAUUCAUGAUGCCUUUAGAACUUCCUCAUUUUUCAUAUAAUUUGGACCUGAAAUCCUUCAUGGUUUCACUGAACUAGCUCUUUUUCAAUCUUCUACAAACUCUCUGAGAAUGUAGCUGGAAUCUGCUGAGAAGACAUGGAAGUGUUAUCGAAGUAAAAAGAUUGGUGCAAGAUUGCUCACAUCCUUGCAUACAUAUGGUAUGGAUGAUGAAGUAAUUACAUGAGCUAAAAUCACAAUGUGACCCACGCCCCUGUUUUAUAGUCAGGAUUGGCUGAGGAAUGGUGCAACAAUUACUUUCUGCCUUGAGCUCAGGUACAUGUUAAUCGAAGAGAUGGGCUGCCUCACUGAGGAUUGAUGAGUAGUCUCCUUUGUUGAAGGAACAGUGUUGUGAUGAGAAGAGGGGAAAAGAAUGCCUAAGAAUGUUCACUCCCCCAUCAUAUUAAUCAAUGGUGAUCAUAUGAAACCGAAACUGUAGACAAAGUCCUCAUCACUUGUUUUCUUCAUUCACAUGCAGCAACAUAAUAUUACAGUUUGAAAUAACAUUUUAUUGAUCAGUCCUAGGAAGAGGCAUUAAUGUGGUCCAUUGCAGAAUAAGCUUGUUCGUUAUUUAGGGAUGAAACAAUGAUUGUGGCAGACAAAGUGUAGACAAGUAUUUAACUUGGCACCCGUACAGAUUGACACCCUUAACAAUAUAUAGUUUGGGUGGAACUUUUUAACUUGGCACCCUGGGAAUUUCAAACGAUUAAUAGAUAUGCAUGAGGAGGUAGGGAUGGCUAUAUUUCUGGGAGCAAACUUCAGACGAAUAUUAAGCACAUGGAUACAAGUUAUGCCUUGGAAUGAAAGAUAGUUCUGAAUCCGCUUUGAUUGUUAUUAUUUUCUUUACUUUUCUUUCUUAAUUUAUUUUCAAGUGGUGCUGCACUAUUCUACAUGUUUUUCAAACAACGAUAUGAUGUAAAUAGCCGAAUGAGAUUUCAGUUUGUGAUUUUGAAAAUUAUUACCUUGUUUUUAAAUUCCGGGGUGACUGCAACCAACCUACCCAACCUCCCUCCACACGGACUGCACCCAAUACUUCUUCUGCAGGUUGGCCCUGAGGGCUUGUGUUUACUUUGUUUUCCAGACAAGACUCCCAAUAGCAAUGGCAAGAAUGACCACAGGUGGUCCUCAUUUUUAGCAUUGAAAUGUGAUUAAAAGAACAAGUCCUUCAAGCCAAUCAAGACUUCUUGUUUGCUUAGUGAGAGAAGUGAGGUUAGGAAAUUCAGGAGAAAAAGUAUUGUUAAAGGAGUAUUAACAGUGGCAGCACUCCAAAGCCAACCAGAACUGUGGCCAGAUUCUAAUGCAAGACUCCUUAACAAAUUGGGGCUUUGGACAAUGAUCUUAUUAUUUGAUCUCAACAGGACUCAUUAUCGACGUGGUAUGAUCCGAAUGCUCAAUGUGAAUACCAUAUGCAAGGAAGGGGACAUUGGACUUAUGAUUGCUAUUACCUUAAACAUAAGAUUCAGGACCUCAUCAACCAAGACCUCCGAAGUCCAUAUGUUAGUCUCAUCAGUCGUCUGGAAAGAGGGGUUGAAAAGUUGUUGCAAGACCACUUACACAUUAUCAGAGACAAUGACACGAUCGAUAUUGAGAGCUAUGGCCAGCUAACCCUAUCUCCAAUAGCUCCUGACAUUCACAAAACUGUAGGCUGGCGACAUCAAUUGAAUGUUACACAAUCGGCUAUGGCCAACUAACCCUACACAAUCGAAUAGAUCUGGUUUUGCAGACCCAGUACGUGCAUGGAGUAUAUUGCUGUUGCACAACCAAGUUGUUUAUCAAAUACAGAAUUUCAUUUUACAGCCAGAUGCAACAAUUUGACUGUGAUGGGCUUGCAAAGACUUCAUUUGACAUUUUGAAAUUGGUGGUGGGCGUGAAGAUGCGAAGUCAUCUGUUGGGGACAGAGAGCUAUUUUUGGUUUUUCGCUUCCACUCCAGAUAGCUCCAAAGGCUCAGCACUCUUGAUAUCGCUGCUGCCCUCACUAGUAGAAGCUUCCCAAUUCCCUUUUGUACAUCAAGAACUUUAUAUUGUCCUAUGCCGAUGCCAUGGUGCCUGAAAUAGAGAAAGAUGGAAAAUCUGGCUACUAGAACAAAAUUGCUCAAGUCUUGUUCCUUGAAGGAUCAAAGUCAAUCUUGAGGCCCUCCCAUAUCAGUACCAGACUAAUAGGUUUUCCCCCCAACAAAAAGGUUUCAGACAAAAAUGUGGAACACAUUUGCGGUUUCUAACAACAGUAUACCAGGCAAUUGCUCCACAUGAUCCAAUUUACUCGCCUAGGUUGAUAUGGCUUCUUCCAAAAGUAUCCCUUGAUGCUAUCAUGUAUUCAGCUUAUUUCUAGUACUAAUUAAGUUCCAUAUGGUAUCUAUAUUGUGCUCAUCUAUGAUGAUUGGCAGUUGUCUUGUAAGUUAGCUUCAUAGGCUUCUUUUAGUUUUUAAUAAAGCAUAGGAAUGCCUAAUGUUUCCUUCGAAAUUAAUACAAGUUCUAGAUUUAAAAAUACUAUUGAAGUCACUGCUAUAGAGAAGUGCCAAUUUGCUUAGUGAAUUGAAUUUCAA